GCUGCACCGGGGAGGCCGCGCCCGCCCGCCCGCUGCGGGAGGAGGAGUUGCCCGUUAAUAGAGCUGGGGACUGCGGUGGGGGCGCUACAGCCGGGGAGCCCAGCCCGGCAGCUGGCGGAGAUGGCGGCGGAAGCAGCUGCGGGGCCGCAGCGGGAGCUGGAUAACGGUUCCUUGGAGAUAACGCAGAGCACAGAAGAUGAUCCUCUACUUGAUGCACCACUUCUUCCACCUCAUGCAUUACAUUCCCAAUUGAGACCGAGAUUCCAUGCUAUUCCUACAGUCUUGGUUGCCAAUUUUCUGUUGCUUAUACAUGUUGCUUUUGUUGUCUUAGUAUUUUUAGCAGGUAUAUAUUGUUCUUAUGUAAACCCAAAUGAGGAUGAAUGCCCUGGAAACUACACCAACCCACUUAAGGUGCAAAGUGUCAUAAUCAUUGCGAAGGUAAUUCUGUGGAUUCUGCAUGUUGUCUUUGAACGAUAUGUUCAGCAUCAUCAUAGUAAAGUCAGAUGCAGAGGAUACCUCCUGAUCUACCGAUCAACAAGACAUCUUAAAAGGCUGCCACUCCUUAUACAUUCUGCAGGAAAUGCAGCCCUGCUUCUGAUACUGUCAGCUCAGCAUUCCUUUCCUAACUAUAGUAAGAAGUAUCUCUACCUUAUCCUUGGAGUCUUGUGUCUGGAGCUGAUUUGUUCUUUGACGUGCAUAGUCAUUUACACAGUGAAAAUAAGCAAUUUCAACAAGGCAAGGCCAAGGCCUGAUAUAAUUGAAGAAGAAAAGAUGUAUGCUUACCCUAGUCACAUUACCUCAGAGAUUGGAUUCAGGGAAAGCUCAAGUUUGGAAGAAAUAGUUGAAAAGCAAGGAGAUGUGAUAGACUAUCUCCAGCGACACAAUGCGCAGCUCAGCAAGAGACUACUAGCACUAACAUCACAGCAAAUCAGAGGUUAGAGAUAUCCAGGAAGCUGCUGCUGCAUUUUAAGAGGAAUCCAAAGCAAUGUAAUUUGAUUUGGAGGACAGACAACUCCACUUGAUUACUGUCUUUAAUGGAAGUAGUAUAGCUGUCAAGUUGGAAGUAUGAAUUCUAUUAGAAGUGUAAAAUCUGCAGCUGGAGAUGCUGUCUAUUUUGAACAAACACUCUUUAUUUGAGGAUGUUAACUUUUGCUGGGCUGAAGAUGGACCUGAGCUCCCUGACUAAACUUUGUUUUAAUGUUGUUCAAUUGAGAUUUUUUUGCACUGCUGUAACAAACUCCAAACUACCAAAGUCUUCUGUGCUUCUAGAACUCAAACAUUUGUUUUCCAGAAUGAAACAUUACAGGGUAUGGCCCCUCCUGACUUUCUGGGUUUCUUAUAGUAGAGGUUGAGAUGAACUCAAAUAUUGUAACAUGCUAUAACAACUGUGCUCAUUGAGUUUUUAAAAGCUAUUUAUUUCAAUAUUCCCUAAACACGCUUCCACAGUUGGAGUGGAAGAGUCUAUAGGGCAAAUUGAAGAGACUCAGUUUCUGGAUCAGUGUCUUUUGCUGUUGUGUGGGUGUGUGUUUGGGUUUUUUUUUUCUUUGCCCUAAAAAGGGUAACUACACAAAUGUGGAAAUGAAGCAAAGAUGAAGAAUCAGAUGUUUGGUCUAAAACACAUCCAAGUCUCUCCUUUGUAUGCAGGAAAAGUAGGAUUUCACUUCACUAAGCAUAGUAUGUAAAAACUAGGCUCACAGACAUUUGAUCAAAUUGAUGGCUGAUCAAGCAUCUAAACAGAAUUUCAGUGUAGAAUGUCUAAAUCUGAUUUUUAGAGCUGUCCUAAGUAUUUGUGGCAUUUUUGCUUAACUUUUGUCCCAAGAACUAUAAAUAGGAACUAUUCUGCAUUAAAUAUUUAUAUUUGGAGAGAGCUUUUUUGUAAACUACUCUCUAAACUUGUUGUUGACUCUUUAGUUCAAUACAUGAGAAUUUACGGUUUUUGUUUUCCUUAGGAUGGUGCACUGUUAAGUUAGAUGCUGUAAAAGGUGCUACUAUUGCAGUUGCAAUGAUAGCAGCUUAUACAGUUUGACAACCUUUCUCUAAAGUGUCGUCAUUUUGGCUCUGAAGCCAAUGAGGUCAUACCAUGAAUGGGAAUUGAAAAUUCUAAUCCAUUACUCAAUGUCUGUAAACUUCCACCUAUAUGUACUUAGAGUGAAUUCUCUAGAGAAGAUAGUCCUUAAGC